AUGGCCGGACUAACCAAAAAAUAUGCGGACGCUACCGAUCCCGAACUCCUCCGAGCGAACUCCUUUGUGCGUGAUUUCAGUUCUAGAAGACUGGGCAUCCAAUACAAUGGGAUUCGGGUGUUCUACCGGCGUCACGCAGACGCUGAACUACUACCGCACGACCCUCCACUGCCUUUGAUAGUCCUCGUCCACGGUCUAGGAGGAUCGGUCGCCCAGUUUGAGCCCCUUCUCGCCAGUCUCAUCAAGCGUGCGUCUUGCCUGGCUAUCGAUUUUCCUGGUUGUGGCAGGUCGCAAUUCUCUCCGACAUCAUGGGACGCAUAUACCACCGAUGCUCUCACCGACUUGCUGGAGACCGCCAUUGACGCCUAUGCUGAACCAGAGCAGGGGGUUAUCUUUAUCGGCCAUAGUAUGGGAACUGCCAUCGCUGCUCGCAUGGCGAACAGCUCUGCUAAGAACGCUCUUUCUCGCAAUGUCAAGGCCCUCGUCGGCAUAUGCCCGGUCUCUGGACCGCCGCCAGACGCAAAAGCCCAGAAAUUCCGCCAGCUCCUCUAUGUCCCAGAUUUCCUGUUCAACCUUUUUAGGGCAUGGGACAGGUUAGGCGGACCAGAGAGUCCCAGUGUUAAGCGCUACGUUGGCCCUGACGCUACGCCCGAACUCAUAAAGCUUCAAACCGAAUUCAACUACCAAAGCCGGACGCCAGUGUUCCGCAGAAUGGCCUGGGGAGCGCUCCCGACACUAUCCGAGGGUCAGGCAACCGGCGGACUCUUUGGUGAGCCUACCUGGGAUGGACUCAAUGUUCCGGUCUGUCUCAUUGGUGGCAAUGACGAUGUUGUCACAGAACCGGAAGAGGUCGAGAAGAUCCGGCAAAUACUCAACCCGGAGGACGAAAUAGCUUUGUUCGACGGAUCAAUCCUGUCUCAGGCUAAUGCGCUUCCGCAUGGUACCGAAGACGCCAGCCCGAGCACGCCUCCCGCUGCUGCAGCCCCAAUAGGUCCAACCAACAAGGGAAAAGGAGUAGCUAUAACCCCCAAACAUCGAAAAGAUCUGGCGCACAAGGAGCCACUAACGAUAAUUCCCGAGCAGCCUCACGAGGGCUCGUCCGCUACAGGUGAUCAACAAGAGCCAGAUGUGGAUGAUGCUGUAUAUAUACCAGAGCUAGAGCUAUCCUCUUCCAGUGAUUCCGGAGAGCUGCGUGUCGAGGACUCGUCUACUGCCAGCGGUCAGCAAAAGUCAGCGAAGGGCAAGGGCAAGGAACCAGCUGCUCCACUGCCCGAUAUUCCCGAACAGCCCACUGCCCCGGUCAAGGUAAUCAGGACCCAUUAUCUCAAAGCAGGGCACGCGCUGCUGUACGAUCCCCGGCAAGUCCGGACAGUGGCCGGCUACAUAGGUGAAUUCAUGGAGCAGCGCGUCACAGGACGACUCUCCCGUACGUGGCAGGAACAGUAUCUAAUCCGUACAGGUAAGCGUGAAGGAAAGUGGGACGUCAAAAAUCUCCAGAAAUGGAUGGGUGUGCAAGCAGUAUCGCAUCCAAUUGGCGGCAUCUUCCGGGCGAUGAAGACGCUUCGGGAGGUAGACGAACGGCAUUGCCCAAGUGAAUUCGCGAGGCAGUGGGGAACUGAGAUCAAGGACGUCAUUGAUAUUUCGCAUACCAAGCCUGUGUAUAACUACCACAACUUUGGCGAGGACCACGGUCGAAUCGUUUAUCACAAGCUUGCGACUGAGUCCAAGAAACCACCAACGGAUGGCAACAUUGCCUCGUUCAUCCAGCUGGUGGACGAGCUCCGCGAGAAGCAGAUGAAAAGACGCGCAAAGGAAGACUUCUGGGGCCCAAAGCCCGUCAUUGGCGUCCACUGCCAUUAUGGCUUCAACCGCACGGGAUACCUGAUUGUGUGCUACCUGGUCGAGCGGUGCAAUUACAAACUCAGUGACGCUAUCGACGAGUUCGCGGAAGAAAGACCCACUGGGAUUCAUCACAUCGACUUCAUAGACUCCCUGAACGUCAGAUAUAGCUCCGUGGGAGUGUCGUCGUUCUAA